AUGCCGAGGCGGAGCCCGCGCGCCGCGCGCGCGGGCGAGGCAGCCGGCCCGUGGAGCGCGGGCAGCGGCCUCUCCGGAGGCACGGCCGCGGCCGCCCCGGCGCUGGAGGAGAGCAGCUGCUGGCCGAGAUGCAGCAGCAGGCCCAGGAGACCAGGCGGGUCUCGCAGGGAGCAGGAGGCCGGCCUGUUUGAUCUGGAGGUUCCGCAGGGUGACCUCGCGGGCAGCGUGCUGGCGCCGACUGAGGAUGCCGCGCCCGCCACCCCCAGCGCUCCAGCCAUCACCACGCUGAUGAUCGGCAUCAUUCCGAUGGGCUGUUGCGCAGAGUGA